UCUCUCUCUCUCAACUCAGCAAGAAAUCAAGUGUUCUCAUCUCUUGCUCUUUAUUUCUUAGACAAAGUGUAAUUUAUUUUGAUAUCUUAGAUGCCCAGAAAAGGUAUGAGGACUAUAUUGUUCAAACCAUCACGUUCUAGGUCACCUACUCGAUCUACACCUCAUCGCCAAACAUUCUCAGAUACAUUAAUGGAUGACAAUGUCGAGAAUGCACGAGAACUCAUUUCUAAGUGGGAUGCCUCCCGUUCCUCCAGCCUCUACUGUGACGUCGCCAAUCUCUUCGCAUCAGAUAAUCACUACGAAGCCCAACGGUACCUGAACUCCAUCAAAGACCUCCAGACUGCCAUGCAAUAUUACAUCUCCCAUGACCCCACCUUGGACAAGCUGGUUCUCGCUCAAAAUCUCAUGCAAAUUGCCAUGAAGAGACUCGAGAAGGAGUUUUACAUCAUUUUGAGGUCCAGGAGGCAGCAUCUCGAUCCUGAAUCUGUGUCCAGAGCGUCAAGAUCAAGCGUUUCUGAAUUUGAGGAUGAGUCUGAGGAAGACGAAUUUUCAAGAGUCGGAGAAGAUUCCAUAUCUGAAGUAGAGCUCGUUUCCAUGGAUGCCAUGAAAGAUUUGAAGGCGAUUGCUGAAUGCAUGAUUGGUGCUGGUUAUGGAAAAGAAUGUGUCAAGAUAUUCAAGAUCAUUCGUAAAUCAGUUGUUGAUGAGGCCUUGUAUCAUCUGAACGUUGAAAGCAGGUUGAGCUCGGCACAGAUUCAAAAGAUGGACUGGGAGGUUCUGGAAGUUAAAAUCAAGGCCUGGUUAAAUGCAGUAAAGGUCGCAGUUAAAACUCUAUUUUAUGGUGAAAGAGUUCUCUGUGACCAGGUUUUUUCUUCUUCUCCUUCGUUGAAAGAGUCCUGCUUUGCCGAUAUAACAAGAGAAGGUGCCUUGUCUCUCUUUGUAUUCCCUGAAAACGUAGCCAAGUGCAAGAAAGCUCCUGAGAGAAUUUUCCGCACACUUGACCUCUACGAAGCAAUCGCCGAUCUCUGGACUGAAAUCGAACCCAUUUUCGAUUUAGAAUCAACCUCAACCAUCAGACAACAGGUCAUUAACUCACUAAACAAGCUCGGGGAGGCAGUCAGCGCAAUUUUAACAGAAUUCGAGACUGCAAUCUCAAAAUUCAACUCAAAAGCAGCAGUGCCUGGUGGUGGCAUUCAUCCUCUAACACGUUACGUAAUGAACUACAUCACUUUCCUCACUGACUACAGUGGCGUACUUACCGACAUCCUUGCUGGGCCUCUAACAGUACCAUCUCCUUUACCAGAAGCAUACUUCGGUAGCCCCGUGUCCGCUGAUGGCAUGGGUACCUCAUCUAUAUCAAUAAGAUUAGCAUGGCUGAUUCUUGUUAUGCUAUGCAAACUCGACGGCAAAGCUGAGAUAUACAAAGAUGCGGCACUCUCGUAUCUAUUCCUCGCAAACAAUCUUCAAUAUGUGGUAAACAAAGUCCAGAAAUCCAACCUAAAGUUACUCCUUGGUGAUGAAUGGGUGGAGAAGCACGAGGAAAAGGUACGGCAAUAUGCGUCCAAUUAUGAACGCAUGGGAUGGAGCAAAGUUUUUGCUGCCCUACCGGAUGCUAACGAUAAUCAGAUGACAACCCCUCAAUUCACUGAGUGUUUUAAGAGAUUUAAUUCUUCUUUCGAAGAGGCUUAUAACAACCAAGCUUCAUGGGUUGUCUCCGAUUCCAAACUGAGAGACCAGAUAAAAGUUUCGGUUGCCAGAAAGCUUGUACCGGUAUACCGGGAAUUUUAUGGCAAGUAUAGGCAAUUGGUGCCGAGGAAGGAAGGGAUCGUCAGAUUUGCACCUGAUGAUUUGGAGAAUUACUUGUCAGAUUUGCUUUUCGGGACUGGAGGUUCAGGGAGUAGCCUGUCAUUAUCAACAUCUUCUUCUGUCUCGUCAUUUUCCUCGUCUUCGGGUCACUCUCGGGGCGGUCGAAGUCGUUGAGCGGCCGUCCAUUUCCUAUUAUUGCUAUUAGCCGUCCUGGCCCGAGGGAACUUCGGAGCCCGUGUUUCUUGUGAAUAAAAAAAGAAAUAAUAACAACGAUAAUUAAAUUA